GUUUGUAAACACAAGAAUCUUCCAAGAAAGUGACGAAACAGGCAAUGGAGGUAACAACCGACGAGGUAUUGCAGGAGGUAAACGCCACGGCGACGGAAAAUCUCGGCCGAAACGAGCCGGUGGAGGAGAGGAAGAUUGAAAGGGAAAAUGGCGGAGAGAGGAAGAGAGAGAGCGAGACGCCUCCAGAGGAUGAUUGUUGCCCGAUCUGUUUCGGCUCCUUUACGGUUCCGUGUCGUGGCAACUGUGGCCAUUGGUAUUGCGGAAGUUGCAUCUUGCAGUACUGGAACUAUGCUGCGGUAUCAAGGCCUUGCAAGUGUCCUAUGUGUGUUCGUCACAUCACUAAGCUGUCACCGGAAGCGUCCUUGCAACAGCGAGAAGAGCCAGAGGUGAAGGAGGUUCUUGCUAAGAUCCGUAGGUAUAACCGUCUCUUUGUUGGUGGGUUAACUGGCUUUGUUCAGAGGGUGCAGGAGAUGCCUUUGCUAAUGAAGAGAAUGGUGUGGUACCUUAUGGAUCCAGAUAACAACCUGUGUUUUAACCAAAUUCGCCUCUUUGCAAUGUUUAUGAGUAGCCUCUACACUGCCUCCGAGUUUGAUUUCAUCCCAACGGGAGGGUUCAGAAUAGUGACGGUGUUCGAAUACGGUGCGAUAGUAAUGAUCCUGAUUCUGCGCUUGGUGGGGAUAUAUAGGAGGAGACGGCUUGCUCAGCGUGUUAGGCAUGUUGCAGCUGCAGAAGUUGAACCAGAAUAGAGAGAACAAACUAUUAACAUGUGAAGAAAAAGAAUCAAAACGUUUGUUCAUCGUGUAUAGGUUUGGUUAGAUGUUCAUAGAAAAACCAUUAGUCUUGUGCAGUUUUACUGUCCAUAACCAAUCAUACUACUAUCGAACAAUUCAGAAAAUAAUAACAGUAGCAGUUUCGC